CGGGAAUUUGAAUAUAAAUUGUGUUUAUUUUAGCUAAACGUCCCAUUUGCCAUAAGAUUCAUAAACCAUUGUCUCUUUCGUCAAAUUCUAUAAACGCUCGGAACAUCAGCACUUUGAAGUUUGCUGUUUCCGAGAAACAUUUUCAUCUUUAGAGGUUAUACAUAAACUUUUACAAUAAAUAAUUCUACAAAUAUGAAAAUUGUUUCGGAAUUACUGAUUCUUAUUUAUGUUUAAACUGGCUAUGUAAUUGCAUAGACAAUUUCAGAAUAGAUAUUUUUGUGAGAUAACUUUAAAAUAAAAUUUGAUAAUUAAAAAAAUGGCGGACAUUAGUGACUGUGAAGAGGCGGAAAAGGGGUGUAUAAUUAAAGAUACACCACAUGUGCACGGCAAUUCAGGCACUAAAAAUCAAAACAACUGUAUGGAGAUUGAUGGCGAAAGAGAAAAAGACAUUAACUCGAAUGAUGAUUACAAAACAAAAGAAUCAGACACGCAUAUAGACAAUAAGGAGAGUAAUGAACUGGAUGAAAAGAAAAACAAUCUGACUAAAAGUUCACAUCUUAGAUUUGGAAUUGAAGCGAUUCUAAAAGUGAAAGCUGAGGUGACAGAUAAACUUCGUGACAAGAUUGCUAACUCUGAUUCUAUCUAUACACACACAGAACUAGUACCAACCGACCAAACACAAAUAGAUCAUAAUGAAAUUGAUGACGAUAUAAGUGUUGACUCAGAUGAAGAUGGAAUAGAUCACGUUGAUGAGAAUGAUGACAUCGGAGACACGUGUCUUUCUCACGUGCCUUUACCGGCGUCGUUUCAAGCACUGCGUGCAGACGACAACUCAUAUUUCACGUCUCAGAAUCUUUUUACUUCCGGGAGAAUCAAUUUAGACUUACCAUGGUCACCAGCUAUUCUAAACGAUUUGAGAAAAGACAGAUUUGGUCCAAUACGGAGGAUUGGUCACCCGUACCAGAACCGUACACCGCCAAAACGUAAGAAGCCACGUACAUCUUUCACCCGUUUACAAAUUUUAGAAUUAGAGAAAAGGUUCGAAAGACAAAAAUAUCUGGCAUCAUCCGAGAGAUCGUCGCUGGCCAAGACCCUGAAAAUGUCUGAUGCGCAAGUGAAAACAUGGUUUCAGAACCGACGCACAAAAUGGCGACGACAAACAGCAGAAGAACGUGAACUUGAGAGACAGGCAGCCAAUCGUCUGCUUCUAAGUUUUCAGUCCGAUCCUGUUCACCGGAAGUCGAUGAUUAUUUCUACAGACAGGAUGUGCCUUAGUCAGCUUCAGCGUUUCCAGGAGGAAAGAUCCACGGAUAUUUAAAUACAAAAUCAUUUUAUUAGACAAAUUCUGUUCUUCAUGUAUACAAUGUUCAGUUGAUGGAAAAACUGUCUGUGGAAAGGUUUAGAAAUAUCAUUAAUACGGAUUACUUCAUUAUGUCUUAUGCGAUUUAAAGUUGAAAAUAUUGCAAAAUAAUAUUUAAGAAUUUGAAAUAUCUUAAUUAACCACCCAAUUUCAAUUUUUUGCUGUAUUAUAAGAUUCAUUCAAGCUUUUAUAUAAGAACAUAUGCAUAAAUCUUUUAAAAGUGUCUGAUUGUUGGUCUUGUACAUGUAUAAGCAUCAAACUGAGCAAGUGAGAUUAUUCAGGUAUUUGAAUAAUAUGAUUCUUUUUUUCUUUUUGUUGCUUACAGAAGGACGUAUGUUCAUUAUAUUAAAUAAAUUCUACAUAUAAUUAUAUAUGUUCAUACAUGUAUAGAAAAAUAUAUGGUUUAAUCGUCUCUGUUUUUUUUGUUACCUUAAUAAGAAAAACAAAGCAUCGUUAAUUUAUUUAUCACAUACUCAUACAUGUUUUGUGACUCCGCAAUAAUGGUAUUGC